GUCCCCAGUGCUUCCUCAUCUUCUUCAAGUAUUUCUUCUCUUUCACUCCUACUCUUUCUCCUGCCAUUUUUCAUAAUUCCACCACUACUAGUCUUUUGCUUCUUCAAAUAGCCUCCCUCAAACAACCCUACACAAAACGGUCACCUUCUUCUCAGCUGAAUGAACAAUGGGGUCUGGAGAUUGGAUUAAGAACAUAAUUAGAUUGAAGAAACCGAAAAGUUCGGGCAGAAAUAGAACAUCUUCUUCAAAAACCCUAAAAGAAGAAAAGAAAGAGGAGUCAUCUUCCUCCACUAACCUUGUUAAAGAUCAACAUGUUGCAGCAAUCAAAAUUCAGACAGCUUUCCGUGCACAUUUGGCUAGAAGAACACUUGGGAGAUUAAGAGGAAUGAUAAGAUUGCAGAUUCUGACUCAAAGUCUAUCAGUUAAGAAACAAGCAUCGAAUACACUCAAACAUCUCCAGAAAUGGAACACAAUACAUUCCCAGAUCAGAAUCCGCAGACACAAUAUGGUGACAGAAGGCCGUAUUAAACAGAAGAAACUUGAGAAUCGUUUAAAGCUUGAAGCAAAACUUCAUCAUCUUGAAGUGGAUUGGUGUGGUGGGUCUGAUAGUAUGGAGGAAAUACUCGCGAGGAUUCAUCAAAGAGAAGAAGCUGCGGUUAAGCGCGAACGAGCCAUGGCUUAUGCCUUUUCUCAUCAGUGGAGGGCUAAUUCAAGAUUACCAAACUACUUAGGAGAUAAUGACGAUGAAGAACUUGGUAAAGCGAAUUGGGGUUGGAGUUGGGUUGAUCGAUGGAUCGUUGCUCGGCCAUGGGAAAACCGAUCAAGCCCAAAGAAACCGGUUAAGAAAGUUAUGUUGCCCGUGAAAUCAAUCUCGCCUAACUCGCGAAAGGCCUUUUGAAGGCUCGAAAGUGAUGAUUAUAGGGAGAAGAA